CAAAUCAAAUGUCAGUGAUUGUCAAAAGUAUGUCCUUCGACCUCUCUGUUUCUGUUGAUUUGAUUCUGCUAGUUUCGGGUUUUUGGAUUUUAAAAUAAACCCAAGUGAUAUGGAUUAAAUUAAAAACUGUGUAUCAUUGUCUGGACUUUAAAUUGUAUGUACUAUAUAAACUGUGUGCAGUUUCUAUAAACAGUUGAAAAUCCGCAUUACAGUGCCAGUGCAAAUUUUAUUUAAAACAGCUAUAUUUGACUCCAAAUUGGCGCGAAUAGAUCGACAUGUCAGAUACGCUCCAAGACGAGGGAGGGACGUCGUCACGAAGUAAUUCGCUUAAGAUAUCCCUGCCGACGGUCCUUUGCACGGACGGGGAAAGUGACAUCCCUACCACACCUGACACCUUUGUGACGUCAGAAUCAAAAUUAUCACUGCCAUCCAGUUUCGGAACACCGACCUCACCGUUCCGAAUAUCUUCGCCGAUAUCUUUGCCAACAUCACCUAAACCAUUCACAAAGGACUUCCAGACACGCUCCAAUAUGUCCCUAGAUGAACCUUCCCAGCCAACAUCCGAAAACCAGAUAAACAGCAUGAGUAAACCCCUUGACACCGGCUCGGCUACAGGCAACCCCCGCAACAAAUGCGCGCUGCAACCCGGCCACAGUCUCAUGGACUGGAUCCGGCUGGGAAACUCCGGCAAAGAUCUCGCCGGCACAGGCGGUCGCAUGCGACCUGUCACACCUGCAGAACUGUCUACACACAACACGCUAAAGGACGCCUGGUUAGCGAUUCGGGGAAGAGUUUAUAACAUCACGCAUUAUUUACCGUAUCAUCCUGGAGGACCGGAAGAACUGAUGCGUGGCGCGGGAAUCGAUGCAACGGAGCUAUUCGAUAAAGUACAUCCCUGGGUCAACUAUGACUCACUUCUAGCAAAAUGUUUGGUAGGACCACUCCGUUUCGACAGACCAGACGCGGAAGAACUCUUCGAUAUAACGAAUCCAUCCCCAAAAUCCGAUCGCCUCAGAGAACCGUCUAAAGCACAGGAACUAGUAAGGAAAUCUAUGGAGAACCUAGCGAAUUGUAUAACGCCGGUUAGAAAGAAAAUAACUGCGAAAAGCGAGGAGAACGUAAAAAGUAGUCCGCCGAGUAAAAUAAUGCAAAGUUUAAUACAGUCGAGCGAUUUGCCUGUUUCGAUAAGCCGUCGAGCGGGGUCGAGUCCAGUGAAGUCUGUGGACAAGUCGAAAGACUCGCCCUCUCCGCUACGCUUUGACUGGAUCCAGACCUCUACGAAGCUAACUAUCUCAAUAUACACAAGCCCGUUGGUAAAUCCGGGAGGUUCUGCGCGGAUUGCUAACGGUGUUCUCUUCGUGGAAGUGGCUACAAACGGAUGGCUCAGGACGAUCAAGCUGAUACCUGAGGAGGAACUGACAGAACCUUUACAAUUGAGAGUGUUUUCUGAAAGUGGGAAGAUAGAGGUUAUUGCAUUAAAAGCAACGAGCAAAGUGUGGAAGAACGUCGGGGAGACGACAUACGGAGCAGCGGUGCCCAUAUCUUCGCCUCGGUCGGUGGAGUGUCGGGUGAUGCACGUAGAGCGGGUCUCUCACGACACGACACUGCUUGCCUUGUGUCCCGCAACUGGACCUGUUAUAGUACCUCUGGGACAUCAUGUGCGGGUGCACCAUAAAGUGGAUGACAAGGAAUGCGUCCGCUCUUACACGCCGGUCGGGGACAGUUGGGACCACUUUGGGAGCGACUUGUCUGCGCUGAAGCUUACUGUGAAGAGGUAUGACGCGGGCGCUCUGUCGCCGCACCUAGCAGAGUUGAAGGCUGGUGAUACAGUCACACUUUCAGGACCGUAUGGAAACUUUCAGUUACGAAAGUUAAAACAAGUAAAAACCGUGUACUUAAUAGCAGCAGGGACCGGCAUCACACCCAUGUUAGGAUUAUUGAAAUUCAUGCUCGUCAGGUCUAAUCCCAGAUGCGAACGUGUGCAUUUGCUAUUCUUUAACAAGACGGAGGAUGAUAUUCUCUUUAAAGAGAACUUGGAUGAAAUAUCGGAGCAAGACGAGAGGUUAAACACCAUCCACAUAUUGUCAAACCCCAGUCCAUCGUGGACGGGAGUUGAAGGAAGAAUAAAAAGUGAAAUUCUAUCCAAAGUUAUUACCAAAGACUCUGUGUCUACGGAAAAGCAACAUUUUGCAUGUGUGUGUGGCCCUACUGAGUUCACGCACACAGCCGUAGAUUUGUUAAAAACUCUUGGUGUUAGAGAGGACGACAUACACGCUUUCAUUGGAUAAAUUGCAUUAAUAAAAAAAAUAAUCCACAGUGAUAUUAUAAACGCUAAAGUAAGUUUGUUUGUUUUGCUUUCACACCGUAUUGGACCAAUAUAUAUUUUAUAUAUUGAUAUACAGUGAAGAUCAUCCGAAAAUCCUGAGCUGUGCUCGUAUUUAAUGGUUUCGUUAAUAUUUACUUAAUUGAUUAUCUAAUUUUUUUUAUAUUCGAAACUGCGAAUGAAAACGGAGAACGGAAGGAAAGUUUAUUUUAAAGACUUGUUAAUAGACCUAAUAAAAAAAUUUAAACAAGCUACCUAAUUCAUUAUUCAAAACUUAUAGGUAAUUCCGUAAGUAAAUACUUUUACUACAGAACCUUAUUAAUUUCAAUUAUGCCUCAGACCAAUUAUAGAAGGACCUGUAUCGCACUCAUAGUCACGAACAAAAUUGUCUGUCAUUUUCUGAGGAAAAUGAGCUUAGAUUUGGUAUAUAUCUUAUACUAAACUAGAAGUUUUUGCCCGUUGUUUUACACAAUUUAAUUACACAAAAACGUAUUUUUGCGGAGCUCUUCAACCGACGAACACGAUUACAACUAUUUAACAUCGAUUCUAUACAGACAGUUUUUAUAAUCGCAUUAGAUCGUUGAUCAUAUACUUUGACAGAAAAGUAACGUCUAGCGAGGCAGGUCCUAUACAAUAAUUGGUCUGAGAAUUAUGCAAUACCUGUUUGUAAUUAUGCAAUUAAACCACAGACGGAAGUUCAUUCCAUGUAUUUUAAGAGUAACAUGCGAAGCCGAACAUGUAUUUUUGUAAAUUACCUAUUUUAAAAUAAACUGAUUUUUUGCUUGAUAACCAAAAAAAAACUUCUUCGUCUAAAAUACACCCUUGGAAAACUUUCGAUUUUGAUUUAUUUUCUCGUUAUCCUAUCUGAUCGCAUUAUUUUUAAUAUUUGACUUCCAAGGUACAUUUUCAAUAAUAUGUAAAUAUUGCUAGCCAGGUAAUUAUUUAUCAAUCAAUUCACAAAAUAUUUGAAUGUACAAAAUAUUGUUUAGAUCAUUUAUUUUUUAUUGUUAAGUAAGAUAUUACCUAAUAAAAAUUGGUCCGUAAAGAUAUAUACCUACUUACAAAGAUUUUCUACUAUUAGAUAUUAUGUUACGCGUCUACAAAAUCAUCGCAAAGAACUCCAAAGCAAAGAACAAUCAAUCAAUCAAUCAAUUAUUUACAUGCAUUAUAUAUACCUACAGGUGGUCGGUAGAUGUAGUUGGUAAAUGUAUCUUGCCAAACACCGCAAAAACUCGACAUUGCAGACAAUAUUUAGGUAUUAUUGACGUGCCAACGUCUUAUAAUUCGAUGGAGCCGGCUGCACACUCGAAAAAGUAUGACGUCAUGCUUCGUUUCCUAGCUCUAGGGUUGCCAACUUUUUUUACAAGAAAUGUUGUGGUCUAUGAAGAUUAUUAUUAUUUUAGAAAAACGAACAUUUUCUUUUAAAAAAUGCAACCAUUCCAUCAGUAUUUUCUUAUAACGUUGUCACGUUCAACUAUCGUCAGUAAACCGACUUUACAGAGAACCGAUUUUCGUUUUGUUUAAAAUAACUCGUUGUUUACGAUGUGACUAUGUGACUACUUUACUACUUUUGACCGCCUCAGUUUCGACGCGCUAAAACAUAUCUAUAGUAUAAAAUCUUUGCCUACCUACAUAAAUGAUAUUGUAAGUAGCUAUAUAUAUAUUUAUUCUAUUGCUUAAAUUUCGCAAAACAUUGUAAAAUCUAAGAGAUGUAAUUCAUUACGUUAAUCUAGAUAAUAUAUAAAUAAAAAGAAUGCUAAGUGAUGAUGAUAUUGUAAAAAUGCGAUAGGUAAGACAAACAUUGCGUGAGUAACGCAGUAUUUAGUAAGUAGGUAAAAAUCAUGAAUCAUGAUAAAAAUCUCGAUUCUUAUGCAAUAGAAAAAAAAUAUACUUCUUAUCAAAAAAAUCGAAACAAUACGCUUGAAUAGUAUCUACUUGCGGACUGUUUAAAUUUUUUUGAAGAUAAGUAAAAUACCUAUGUAUUUUUCCCCUAUUUUUUAUAUUUAUUUGAUAAAAUUGUUAAUAUAAUGAUUUUUUUUACUAAAACAUCUACCUACUUCAAGGACUAUUGGAUUUUGAUAUUGUUCAUUUCUAUUGGAUAUUGUUCAACUCAAUUGCCGGGGUCAAUACUUAUUUUAACUGCUACCUUGUACCAAGUUGUUAUAUAAAAUUACGAUAUUUUAUCUAUACAUAUAAAUAAAAAAUACUAAUUAUUUAUGUACGUACCUAUGUGAAAUAAUACAUAAAUAAAAACAUAGAUAAAAUUACAAAUAAACAAAACUUUGUUAUGAAGUUUAUAAAAUUAGAUUAUAGUCUCAGGAAUAAAAUUAUAAAAUGAAAUGUCCUAAAACUAGUAUGUAAAGUCGAAGUGUGAUAAUACAUUAGAUCAUUAGAUAAAAGAGAAACAUAUUUAAGAUUUAUUUUAACAUUUAUAAUAAAUGUAUUUUAUUUUUUGUAAAGUGACAUUAAAUUAGAUCAGCAUUAAAAUUAAAAUCAAUUAAAAAUAAAUAAUAAUAAAAUUCCCUCUAGAAGUUGUAUGUGUAUUUGAAAAUCCAUCCACGAUUUAUCAAAGUACCUACAUUUAAUUGUUUUUGUAAAUUAUGUUAGAGUAGUCAUAAGCGAGGAUUCUUUCAUUUUGAUUUAAUAGAGCGCAGCAGAAUUUUAAAGAUUGCGUUAGAUACUGUCCCUUUAACAAACUAAAAAAGUCCGCCACCGACCUUUUUCCUCUAGUUUUCAUAGGCACUGCGUAGCCAGUCUCGGAGACCUCUUCACCAAACCAUACAUAUCUUCCCAAACCACCACAGACUAUAAUUGGCUACCCACUUUUGGUAGUAGCCUAUACUAACAACAGUCUUCAUAAACACCCGAAUGUGGAUUUUUUAACCCACGAUAUCGGGGGCGCCCGGACUGAUACUCAGGCCCAAACACCCUUCCAGAAUGACCCUCUAUGCCGAGGUCAAAGUUGCAGAGGAGACACCCUUAGUACAAUUUCAAUAUAACUUAAAAACCGUAAAAUUUCGGCUACUAUAAUACUCGUAUAUUGCGUUAUUUUAGUAGGUAUUCAUGUCAGCUAUAACCCUGUAGAGUAUGUCGUAAUAUUUACGGGAUAUCCUGUAUAUUUGCGGACUCAAAUGAUAAUUAUAUGCGCUCUUUCCCGUUAGAUAUUAUUUGGUCGCUUUUAUAUCAAUGUUUUUAUAUCUCAUUUACGUUAUAACACCAAAAAGUUUAUUAAUCUAUGUAAAUAUUUAUGAACUUUGUGAUUUUUAGGAUUGCAUGGGCAAUCAACCCUUCUAUGUAAGUAGUUGUAAUACUUAUUGUAUUAUUAAAGUGCCUACAUUCCAGGUGAAAUUGAACUAAUUAAAAAAGGUUUUGGUAUUGAGUUGUGAAUUUUAAUAAUUAUAUUAUAGAAUUGGUCAA